UUCUCUCGCCCCUCCCUGCCCAUGGGAGUUGUGCAUAGAAACUUGAGGGUCUGGGACAAGGCUUCCCAAUUGCUAAUCUCGGGUCUCCUUUCCUUUCCUUUCCCUCAAGACUGCGAGCGGCGGAAGCAGCUUGAAGUCAACGCUUCCGCCUCAUUUUCCUGCACUGUGGGACACUGCUGCGCCCGGCGAGAAUGGGGCGCUGCUACUGAACGAGUUGGCCCCCUUUGGAGACGGGGUGGGGGUCUCCUUCCUCCUCCUUGUCUUGUUUUUCCCCCGCCACGGACCGUGACGCAGCCACCCUCCCCCUGCUAACCUCCGGGCCGCUUGCAAGCUCCCCUCCCUCCUCCUCCUUUUCACCUUCCCUCCUCCCUCUUCCUCUCCGCCCGCGGCUGAAUUAGUUCCCACUCCUCUCCGUGUGGCUCGGGCUCCCUUCUGGGGCAGGAGAGGUGGGGUUUUUUUUCUCUUUGCGCGGGCCUCUUUUCUUCGGGUUCCGCGGAGGCUGCUUGUGUCUGGAGGAAUUUCUGUGGCUGGUCUUUUCCUUCCUGCCCCGGAGCGUGGAAAGGGAGAGAAUUUGCUGAAGAAAGAAGGAGGAGGAGAAGGAGACGGAGGGGGGGAAGGGAAGGGAAAGAAGGCGAAGGCCACUGUGAGCUGUUGUAGGAGAUGUGGGGCUCUCGGUGCAGCUGCAGCGCAAGGACACCACCGCGGAGCUGGGCUGCAGCUGAGAGCCUCUCCUAGUCGCCAGCAGCCGAACGGAAGAAGAGCGAAGGUGCGAUUGCCGCCAAGAAGCCUGCAAGCCAACUCUCGGACCGACACGAUAGCUUCGUUUUUUCUGGGGGGAGGGAGAAGAAAACUGCUGCUUUCGGGGCACCCCGAGGACCGAGGCCGUUCUGGCGGAAGGGUGUGUAGUGGGGGCAGAUCUGGGGUUUAACAAUGGUGAGGUUUCUGUUGAGCUCCUGCUGCGCCCUGGCUGCGUCGGUGCUCCUCCAUCUCCAGCUCGGAUCACGGUGAGGAAAAAAUGAGCGAAGAGACGGCGAAUUCUAACCACGAUAAUAGUUAUGCCCGUGUGCGAGCUGUGGUGAUGACCCGUGAUGAUUCAAGUGGUGGAUGGUUACCGCUUGGAGGGGGUGGACUGAGCUGUGUCACCGUUUUCAAAGUCAUCCACCAGGAAGAAAAUGGCUGUGCUGAUUUUCUUGUACAUGGGGAGCGCCUCAGGGAUAAAACGGUGGUUUUGGAAUGUAUGUUAAAGAAGGAUCUUAUUUACAAUAAGGUUACACCAACUUUUCAUCACUGGAAGAUUGAUGACAAAAAAUUUGGCCUCACAUUUCAGAGUCCUGCUGAUGCAAGAGCAUUUGAUAGAGGUAUUCGUAGGGCUGUAGAAGAUAUCUCUCAAGGUUGUCUGGCAUCGCAUGAUGAAAUCGAAGUGCCUGCAGAUGGCUUUCCAGCAAUUCCAGAAAACACAUCUAGUUUGCUAUUGAAAGAUCAUAUUUUCCAGCAUGAACGUAUAGUGAGCAAUGAUCCUUACAAAGGUUCAUGUAUAAGACCCUCAACCUUUGAAGAUUUGAACUCAAGACCAUCUUAUUUCCACGCCCAGCCAAACCAGGGAUCCCUGAAGCCAAUCAGGAAUGUCAGUUUUCAGGAUGAAGAGGAAAUCGUUCGAAUAAACCCUCGUGAUAUUUUAAUACGCCGCUAUGCAGACUAUAGGCACCCUGACAUGUGGAAAAAUGACUUGGAUAGGGAUGAUGCAGACUCCUCACUGCAGUGCCCUAAAACAGACCAUAAAAAAUCUGACUAUUUGUACCCAUCUGGGGAUGGAACUAAGUCGAAUUCACACAAAGACUCCAAAAGUUCUGUGGUACUUAAAACUCAACCUUCUUCUUUCAAGUUAAAAAAAACGAAAAGGAGGAAAGAGGAUGGUGAACGUUCCCGCUGCAUAUACUGCCAGGAAAGGUUUAAUCAUGAAGAGAACAGCCGGGGCAAAUGUCAGGAUGCUCCAGAUCCUAUUAAGAGAUGCAUAUACCAAGUUAGUUGCAUGCUUUGUGCUGAGAGCAUGCUUUAUCACUGCAUGUCGGACUCUGAAGGGGAUUUCUCUGACCCUUGUUCAUGUGACACGAGUGACGACAAGUUCUGCUUACGAUGGCUCGCCCUGGUUGCUUUGUCAUUCAUUGCACCGUGUAUGUGCUGCUAUCUCCCCUUGAGAGCAUGCCACCACUGUGGCGAGGUCUGUGGAUGUUGUGGAGGAAAGCAUAAAGCUGCAGGAUGAACCGUUCUGAAGCCAAAUUGGGCUGACCAGUCUUUAUUUUCAGGGUAUGUCUAUCUCAUGGAAACAUGUGGCAAGCAGAAGGAAAAACCUACCUUGGAUGAGGGUCUGCUGUCGAAGAAGCAGCGGGACUUGUUGCAACUUAAGAAUGCUGGCCAUGCCUAAUGAUUUGAUUUUAAGUGCAUGGUACAAGACGUGAACGAGAUCUUGUGAAAGGAACACCUUUUUCUUUUGAUUGGUAGCUGAAAUAAGUAUGAACUGCAGUCAGUACUAGAAGGAAUCAGCGUCUGCAAUGUGUACAUUUUGUGGUUAGAUGAUUGAGGUGGGGCUUUUUGAAAGAAUCUAUUUGACAGAAAGUUCAACUAAACCUGCACUAGUGACAGCUGAUUUAAAACUAAGGAAAGUUAACAUGAUGACUGCAAGAAACUAAAAUUGAUUUUAAGUGCAACUAAAUUGCUUAUAAAUAGUUUUUGAAGCAACUUUAUGUACAAAUAACAAAUGUUUAUAUUUAACUAAAUAUAUGGUACGAAUUUAUUAAACUUUUUCCCCUUUUCAGUUGCAAAGCAGUUAUGGGCUGUUUUUCCAGUCACAUUCCGCAAUAGUAUUCCUCAAUAUUUAACUACUUGCUAUUCAAGAUGGGCAAAUCAGUAUUUUCAGUCCUGCUUCCCCUUCAAUUAUUUUUUUUAUUGAGUUCCCUCUGUACAUUCUGGUAAUCAGAAAGCCUUUAAAAUUGACUAAUAUAGUCUUGAGUGAACAAUCUUUUGUUAAACACAGUUACAAUUGUCUAAUGCUGUUAUGAGAACAUAACGUGUGUGUCCGCGCGCAUGCGCGCGCGUGCGUGUGUGUGUGUAUACACAUAUGUAAAAUGAUGCUGUAAUGGCAAAAGGAUUUUCCCCCCUCUUAACCAGCAAAUUUUCUUCUAGGGUUCUUCCCAGAAUUGUUGUUGAUGAUAAAUGUUUUGGGAAGAAAAAAAAAUCACAGGGUAAUUGUCAUAAAGAGCAUAUUUACUAUUCUGUUAAAGUUGUUGCCAGUUUUUUCUUCAAAUUAUGUAGGGAACAAAAGUGUUUCCAUUAAUGUUAGUCUUAUGAUGUUUUGCCUAGCAAAAAAAGUGCUGCAGGAUGAACUGUAGCGCAGGAAGGGAAAAUUGAGUGGAUAUCGUAUGAAUGAAAGGAGUUUUGCUUUGUUACUAAGUUGUUGUCGCAUAUUAAUAAUGAUCGUUUAACUUAACAGUUGGCUAUGUUUUGCCAUCUUGGAGAUUUCUUAAAUGUCAUCUAUCAUAUGGUAUAACAGCAUAGCAGAACAUACAGGUCUUUAAUUAAUAAAACUCUAAAUCAGUUAAGCAGUGAUUCAUUCUAGAAGAUAAUGGACAGGGGGAGGAAGUAAGAAAAUGUCCUUAAUAUGUAUUCAUUAUUGAAACUAUUAUAUAGUUAAUCUCACACUACCUUUUCAUUUCUAUGCAUUUUAGCAAAGUUGUGUGCAUAUAGGUUUUUUCCUUCUGAAUAUGUUUGCUCUUAGAAUUUCACCUGUACUUCCUUUUCACAAACCCAGAUCAAACACUGAACAGCUGUAUAUAACACUAUCUUGUAAAAUACUUUUUUAAAGAAAGCAUUUAUAUUUAUAUGACAGCUUGAACUGACAAAAUUGUGUACAUAGAUCAUCUUGAAGUAUUAUUUCACAUUGAAAAGAAGACGAAUAUAUUGAUAACUAUAGAAGUUAAGAGCUUCUUUCUAGUUUUGUACUUUAAAAAAAACCCUGAGUGGAUAAUAACCUAAGUCAGUAAUUAUGACGCUUGUAGCAGCAGUCUUAAAAGCAGUUUCUUUUUACAGUUUAUAUAUUUGAAAGCUGCUACCCCAGUUGAUUUUCAUGCUUCAUAUACUCAGCUAAACUUGGUUGCCUAGACAGACUGUUAUCUUUUUUAAAAAAAAUAGAGGGAAAUAACCUGCAUUUGUUGGUGGCAUAAGAACCGUAUCUUGUCAAUGACAGUUAUUAAAUGUUAUAUUCUUAAUUAAAAUAAGUAUGAUAUCAACAACCCCAGAAAAGAACUUGCUGGCUGUACAGAUAAGUCCUGUAGAACUGUAUUAAGUGUGUGUGUACCAAUGUAUGUCUGUGCGUGUGCGUGUGCGUAUGUACUUUGGGAAGAGGCAAGUCUAAUGAUUUCCCACAAGCACUAAUCAGUAUAGUGCUGCUCCUGGUUCCUGUAGUAUAUUUCAUAUUAAAUCUUAUAUGCUUUAAUAUUUUACUGAAUAUGUGCAUUAAUAUUUUCAGUGUGCAUUUUAACCACUUUGCUGCUAAAUAUUUACUAUUGUUAUAUUCUUGGAAAAAUGUUAUUCCUGAUUUUUUCAAACAAAACAGAAAAUACAGAUUAAUGCAUAAUUUUAGGGGGGAAAUUGCAUUGGUUCAGUUAUCUGAUCACAUGGGUUUUGUGACGUAGGCCAAGAUUGCUAGUUUAAGCUCUGCUUUCAGGGGAAUUUCUGAAAUAAUGGGCCAAGUAGAUGAUAUUGCAUCCUCCAGUCUGUCAUAGGGAUGUAGUCUCAUUUUAGAGCUUGGCUUUUUAAAUUUUUUACAAAUCACAGCAGGAGACCAGUCCAGCUGAGGAUUAGGAUAUGGAGGGUGAGGGACUGUCUCUUCCCUCACAUGCCAUUUCCCAGUUAAAAAUCAUCCUCUGAAAUUGCACAACCACAGGGAUACAGCUCUAUCAUCUAGUUUAUCUUGUGUGGUCAAAUCACAUAUCUGAUAAGGUACAUUCUGUUGAUUAAAGCUGUUGUUUCAGCCAGUAUUUCACUAGCAGUUGUUCUCCAAACACUACUCAUGAGAUUCUUUGUUUAUAGAGAUCCCAGAUGCUGGGCCUAGGACAUUCUAUGUACAAAAUAUGGGCUCUACCAUUGACCUGUUAUCUCAUCCCCAGAGCCAACCGCUGGAUCUGCAUUUCCCUCUCCACUGCUUCUAAUUCCUGACAUUGGGCAGAAUUGUAGGCUUAAUUUCAUUGAUUCCAUUGGAGUUUCAUGUGUGUAUCUCUAAAUGGGAUUGUAGUGUUUGUCCACUACAAUCUUUCAUCUUCUCUUUUAGAAAGGAAGAAAAGUUCAGCAUACCAAAAUUUAUUACUAGGCAUGUAAAUUCAGAUUCCGUUCAAGGGAUGGAGUAAUGGGAGGCAUGAAGAUAGAGGAUGUUCACUUUGCAGUCUGGUGAAAGCUGCUGUUAUUUGUGGGGGGGGAGGAGUUGAUGUGAGGUGAAACAGCUGUAACACUUGGGUACCACCUACUGGACAAACAUGGUUUAGAAAGAAUUACUUUUAUCAUGUAACUUAAGAAUUAAUUGCAUUCUAAAUUGUGCUUUGGUUUAAUGCAUAGCCAAAAAGUUUCUUUCUGGUAUGAGGCUAAAAAUAUAGUUUCACAAUGGAAUCAAUUGAUAUUUGUCCAGUUCUUUUGUCCAGAUACCUUACCAUCAAUUGGAAAGUAGUUGAGUUGUGUUGGAAGUGCAAGACUAUAACAUGAAAAGUAUUUAGAAUUAGCUGCUAAAAUGUGAACAUUUUGGUUUAAAAUCAGUAUAAUUAGUUAAAAAAAUAGUUCCUACUUCUUAUGUACUUCUUAUGUGCAUACUUCUUCCUACUUCUUAUGUACUUUGCCAUUUAAAAAACAGAACAGAAAGUGGCCAUGUCUAAUAUUUGAAGUGGAACAAAUUAUCUGCCCCAGCAAGUUAGCUUUCUAAGACUUCUGCAUUUUUCCCCCAACGUAAAAUAAGCAUGCAGUCAUUUCAUGCAAAAAUAUCUGGAACAAUUGAUCUCAAACUGUGUGGUGGGAUUUCUUAGGUACCUGCAGUAUGUAUGAGAAGUUAAAAAGAAGGAUGGGAUUCUGAGGCAGAUUUCCCCUUUUUCCUCUAUCUUCCAUUACCUGGGAGGACUGAAUGUCCUUUACUUAUCUGCACCCUCACUGCCACCCUCACUGCCACAUCACAGCAAGGAUUUGGGAGGGAGAGGUCCAGACACAUCUGCUGUUCUGUCCUUAAAGUGGUUCCUUGUGCAUGGAUUUAAAAGGUUCAGACAGAUCCUGUUGUAUUUUUGGAUCCUGCCGUAUGUUUGGAUAAAUAUGCCAGUACUACAUACACAUUCUUGUUGGAUCAGGGAAAAUACAGCCCAUUUAAAAGUCCAAAAAGUCUGAGAAAUCCUGUUCUAGAGCCAAUAUUCCAUCAGCCAAGCUAAGGGUAUAUGCUUUGCACACUAGAAUUUGACGUUCCUAUUUUUCUUCCUACAAUCUCUUCCUUGGGUAAUAUCUCCUUAUGUACAGUAGAGGAAAAUCUUAAACUCCUAUGUAAAGAAUGCACAGUUGUUUGCAUUACGCUUUCAGUCUCCCAGGAGAAUAUAAAACUUUACAUAUGGACUAUUCCAGUGGUACAUAUUCUCUUGUGGGAGAAAAAUAAAGAUGGUUCACUAGUCCAAUUAGUACUAUUAAGUUCAGCAGCGUAGUGGUUAAAACUUGCAUAUGUUUUUGGUGCACUGAUUAAGUAGCAUUCAAUGGCAUUUUUCUUCCCCUGAAAGCUUCUUAAUUGCAAUAGUUGUGGUUAGCUUUGAGAAUUCAAAAACAUAUAGUGAAAAAACUUUGUAUCGGAUGCUGCAGUAUAACCUGUACAUAGGGUUUUUUCUCUUUUGUUUGUGAACACUGCCUCUUUUUCUUUCUUUUGCCUUGUGCCAUUUGUUUUCUGCCCUAUUGACCUCAAAAAGUGCCUCACUUGUAUAUUAUUUCCAUUGAAAUCUUAAAUGCUAUAUCUUUCUACUAAAUGACAUAGAUUUUAGUUUAAUUCCAUGCCAUAGAUGUAUUUCUUUUAUGUAUGAGAAUAUAGCUGGUUCCUUGAGUACAUAAUGUAAAUAUGCAUACAAGUUUAACUGCUAUACCCUUGUAAGUUGUCAUACUGGAUAAUAUCAUAAAACAGUUUUAAGUUUCAAUGUUUUCCUGCAAUUACCUGAUUAAAACUAUCAUGAAAUUAAAA